GUAUGUUGGUAUGAUACAUAUUUGUAGUUAAGAUGAAAUGUUGUCAACUAGUGAGCUUAAAUACUGUGAAAAGGAACCGGUACCAUACGUCAGAUCAAUGACUCGGAGUUGCUGUGAGUUGCUAUGAGUUGCUAUGAGUUGUAAUAAUUUGUACUCUUUUUCUUUGGAAAGACGGCUCUAUUGCCAAGUGCACUGGGUUUGCUGAUGUGUGUGUUUUGACACUGCUCUCUAUUGUAAACUCAUAUGUAAUGUAGGCUAAUGGAGACUACUUUAAGAUAGGCUGUUAUCAGCCAAGUGAUACUUCUGCAAUGGUUGUUAUGAGAGUGUUGGUGUAGAGUUCUGAUCUAUAAUCUGAUCAGAACAUAACACAUCUACCAGCAAAUAGGGAAGAAGUAUUUUCUGUGACUGUGCGGUAUCCAAUACAAUACUAUACAGUUACUAUAUACUACCGUUUUAUAUUCAUCAUAUGUGUGUUUGUGUAGUAUAAUUGCAGGUUGACGUAGACAUGCACUUCUGUGAAGGAAACACAUGUUUGGUUGCAUUCCUUCUGUCUCUACCAGGUGUUCUAGAUUGCUGGAGUGUGACCUACACUCCUCAGAGUAUCUGUGCCAUGAGGGGAUCAUCAGUGACUAUGGGCUGCUCUUACUCAUAUCCAAAUAAUGCAACAGUGACUAAACCAUUCUGGCAUAAACCAGGGACUUUGGAAGAUUCAAGCAAGCAGGCGGAAUAUAAGGAUCGUGUCAAGUUCGUUGGAAACAAAGAGAAUGACUGCAGCAUGAGGAUGGAAGGUCUUAGAGAGAGUGACUCUGGAGAAUAUCAGUUUAGGAUUAUAACAAAUCUUUCCGGUGGGCUGUACUCUGGUACUCCAGGGGUCACACUCUCAGUUUCCACUCUGCAGGUAGAGAUGAGUCCCACCGCAGUGACAGAGGGACAAAGUGUGACACUGACUUGCGUCUCCUCGUGUCCUGCACAUGCCAACCCCACCUACAUCUGGAUCACACCUGUUACCAGCGAACCGACAAUCAGUGGCAACACACUGACUCUAACCUCAGUGAGUAAGAAAGACGAAGGCCGUUACUCCUGUGCUCUGAAAGGACACGAGGAGCAUCCUUCACCUUCAGUGUGUGUUCUAGAUUGCUGGAGUGUGACCUACACUCCUCAGAGUAUCUGUGCCAUGAGGGGAUCAUCAGUGACUAUGGGCUGCUCUUACUCAUAUCCAAAUAGAUGCAACAUGAGUCAGCAGAGACAAGGCAAUUACUCCUGUGCUCUGAAAGGACAUGAGGAGCAUCCUUCACCUUCAGUGACUCUCAUUGUGAGAUAUGCUCCAAGGAGUGUGUCAGUAUCACUGAGUCCCUCUGGUAACAUAGUGGAGGGUGAUUCAGUGACUCUGACCUGCAGCAGUGAUGCCAACCCACCAGUGCACAACUACACCUGGUUUAAGAUCAGAAGAUGGAGAAACCAGAUCACUAAUAUCAGCUCUGAGUUCAGUGGGCAUUACCACUGCGAAGCAAAGAAUGAUAUUGGAGCCAGUAAUUCUUCAGCAGUUCUGGUGGAUGUUCACUACCCCCCAAAGAACACUUCUGCAUCAAUCAGUCCCUCUGGUAACAUAGUGGAGGGUGAUUCAGUGACUCUGACCUGCAGCAGUGAUGCCAACCCACCAGUGCACAACUACACCUGGUACAAGAAGACUGGAAGUGACUCUAUUCCUAUAGCCACAUUGAAUAAUAGUAGCUUUCCUUUGGUCUCUGGAAAUGGUGGAUUGUACUAUUGUGUAGCACACAAUGAAUAUGGCAGUCAUAAUCCUCUGAAAUUGAAGUGCCUUUUGCAGGUGUGCCAGGAGGACUGUUUGCAACUUUAG